CCUUGCCCUGCUCAUCGUGGCGGCUUCCCUCGUGGUAUGCAUCUGGCAUGUGCGGCUGGCCAAGGCAGCGCCGACAGCUGUUCAGUCGCCGGCGGAGCAGCCGAAACCGGAGAAGCAGAAAACUAUUGCUCAGGAGCGGGCAAAGCAGGAGAAAGCACUUCGUCGGGCCCAGGCCCAAGCCCGGGCCCUGUACCGGGCUGGAGUUACAGACGGCGAAGAGUACGAGAUGGUGAUCAUGCUGGUCCCGUUCAUGGUGGAGAUUCUCUGGAAACUACUGCUGACCUUCUCCCUGGGGGUGACCCUCUUCAGCAUC